ACAGUUAUCUGUCAUGUCUGUCGUGUUGUGUGGCGUCUCGACUAUUUAUCUUUAGAAUCGUAUUGUUAUUUACAGAUUUUUUUACAUUAACUCCUUUAUUUCGAAAUGUAUUAGAGCUUAGGCUUAGCAUUAAUUAGUUUCACAUAAGGAUUACUCAUAGAAUUUAGCAUAGGAGGUUAAAAUAGUGUGCUAUUUUGAAACAUGGACCGAAACAAUAUGAGAUCAAGCUAUGUGAAUAGUGGCCCGAGAUCGUUGCCCCAUAUGGGUGGAAGCAAACGUCACAAUGGCAACGGGCACAACGGUAACGGUCACAAUGGUAACGGGCAUGGACAUGGACACGGACAUGGACACAACAGCAACGGCCACAACGGAGCACGUCUCAGCCCACCGAUGCCGUCUCCACAAGUCAGCGCCCACAAUAACAACAAUAACACUAACCAGCACGACGAUCUCAUCAAUUACAUUUAUGAAUCUUGGAAUAAGGUGACAAGGGAUCUAGAACGAGGUGGUGACGACGCGAAAUACUACCAGGAAGUGAUGGGUCCCCGUCAGUUAGCCAACUUCAGACCGUUCAACCUGGAGGAGUGGUGGGCUCGCCGCCUUCUGCAGACCAUAAACCGCAAUAAACACCGGUCUUAGUUCCCGAUUAAACAACCGUGGUACAAUGUUUCAUACCGUUCGUUUAAAUUUUCAUUGAUGACCGUAUUAUUUCUUUUGGUGUUUUUUAUUUUGGUUAAGUAUUUCAUUCUGCUAUUUGUUUGGGGGCUUGUUAUUAUUCUAGCCUAAUAGUAACAUGGCAAUGACGGUUUUCGCGAAUGAAAGAUCCGCUAGAUGGCGGGGCGUGGAUGUGGGGUCUGACUGCUGCGUGACUGGUGGAUU